AAAAUGUUAUGGAUUGUAUGGACACAUAAUUUAAUAAUUCAUCUUGCUUUUCAAAGUGUAAUAAAAUAAGAGUGCACAGAGAGAGUAUAUGCGUGUAGGGCUGAGCUGUGAAAGACCUGUCCUCUCUCUCUAAUAAUUCUCUCUUUCACACUGUUGUUUUCUAACUUCUUGUCUUCAUUUUACCCUUCGUCAUCCUUCAAAUCUCUCUCACUAUCUGCCAUUCUACUCAAAUGUAUGUUUCUCUGAAGCAAUGAAGACGAAGAAGAUGGCUCAGAUCUACGCUCUUUUUGUUCUUCAUUUUACCUUCUUGUUUUCUACUGGUCUCUCUCACUCUUAUUCACUCGCUAGUUCCAACAGCGAUCUUUCAGACAAAGAAGUCCAUCUGAUCCGACAGCGACAGCUUCUGUACUACCGCGACGACUUUGGCGACCGUGGCGAGAAUGUUGUCGUCGACCCAUCUCUCGUCUUCGAGAAUCCACGUCUUCGAAGUGCUUACGUAGCUCUUCAAGCUUGGAAACAAGCCAUUCUCUCUGAUCCAAACAACUUCACCACCAACUGGAUCGGCUCAGACGUCUGCAGUUACACCGGCGUUUACUGUGCUCCGGCGCCGGAUAACCCACGGAUCCGUACCGUCGCCGGGAUAGAUCUCAACCACGCUGACAUUGCUGGAUACUUGCCUCAAGAGCUUGGUUUGUUAACGGAUCUUGCUCUGUUCCACGUUAACUCGAACCGGUUUUGUGGAACCGUACCGCAUCGGUUUAACCGGCUUAAGCUUCUGUUCGAGUUAGAUCUCAGCAAUAACCGGUUCGCCGGUAUAUUUCCUGCGGUUAUCCUCCAGUUACCGUCGUUGAAGUUUCUGGAUCUACGGUUUAACGAGUUUGAAGGACCUGUACCAAGAGAGCUCUUCAGUAAAGAUCUUGAUGCGAUUUUCAUUAACCAUAACCGGUUCCGGUUCGAGUUACCGGAUAAUCUUGGAGAUUCACCGGUUUCCGUCAUCGUCGUGGCGAAUAAUCAGUUCCACGGUUGUAUUCCGACGAGUUUGGGCGAUAUGAAGAACUUGGAAGAGAUCAUCUUCAUGAACAAUGGGUUUAACUCUUGCUUGCCGUCGGAGAUCGGACGGUUGAAAAACGUCACCGUGUUUGAUUUUAGUUUCAACGAGCUGGUGGGGUCGUUGCCGGCGAGUACCGGCGGGAUGGUUUCGUUGGAACAGUUAAAUGUGGCGCAUAAUAGAUUCUCCGGGAAGAUUCCGGCGAGUAUUUGUCAGUUGCCGAGACUGGAGAACUUUAAUUUCAGCUACAAUUUCUUCACCGGAGAGCCGCCGGUAUGUAUCGGUUUGCCUGGGGUUGAUGAUCGGCGUAACUGUAUACCGGCGAGACCUGCGCAGAGAUCUCCGGGGCAAUGUGCGGCUUUCUUGUCUUUGCCGCCGGUGAAUUGUGCAUCGUUUGGAUGUGGGCGAUCAGUUACUCCUAGUCCUCGGCCACCGGUUGUAGUCCCGUCACCGCCGACAACACCAUCUCCUGGUGGUUCACCUCCUUCACCUUCUAUUUCGCCAGCUAGUCCUCCGAUGAUGGUGCCUCCGUCUCCGAUUUCUCCAAUUCCUGCUCCUGUUUCGCCGUCGAGUCCUCCAAGCAUUGGUCCGUCUCCGCCGUCAACUCCACCGUCACCGCCUGGUUCUCCUAGUCCUCCUGGUGUAGUUCCAUUUCCUCCUCCGUCUCCGGUUUACUCUCCUCCCUCACCACCACCAUCGACAGGUCACUCCCCGCCAUCACCCUCGCCGCCGACUAAGUUUUCUCCUCCAUCACCACCGCCGUCCGCAGGUCACCCUCCUCCAUCACCACCGCCGUCGACGGGUCCUUCUCCCCCACCAUCACCACCGUCGACGGGUUACUCUCCCCCACCACCACCGCCGUCGACGGGUUACUCUCCCCCACCACCACCGCCGUCGACGGGUUACUCUCCCCCACCACCACCACCGUCGACGGGUUACUCUCCUCCAUCACCACCACCACCGUCGACUGGUUACUCUCCUCCAUCACCUCCACCGUCGGCAGGUCACUGUCCACCAUCACCCGCGCCACCAACAUAUUCUCCUUCACCACCACCUCCGCCGCCGACAUACUACCCACCGCAGCCACCACAACCAUCUCCCUCACAGCCACCUCAAUUUUCACCACCACCAACCCCUUACUAUUACAGCUCACCCCCUCCGCCGCCACAUUACUGGUUACCUCCACCACCGCACUCACCACCACCACCGGUUUAUCACUAUCCAUCCCCACCACCUCCACCAACGCCAGUAUAUUCCCCUCCGCCACCUUGCAUAGAUCACUCACCACCUCCACCUCCGCCUCCGACCGUACAUUACAGUCCUCCGCCAUCCCCUGUUUACUACAACUCACCUCCACCACCACCGUCCGUUCACUACAGUCCGCCGCCAUCUUCGCCACCUCCUCCGGUGAUUCACCAUAGCCCACCACCGCCACCUCCUGGUUACGAAGGACCACUACCGCCUAUUCCCGGAGUAUCAUACGCUUCUCCUCCACCGCCUCCCUACUAUUGAUUAUUUUCAGGCUUUUCUCGCAUGGGUUCCAUCAGUUAUGCCAAAACCCAAAACCGAAACGUUGUCGUCUCACAUCGAAGGAUACGGAGUCGUUUAUACCAUUUAUUCCAGAGGUGUGUGUGGUGGACUGGUGAAAGAUAUAUAUUCGCGAGGAGGAAAAUUAUCUAAGAUAAAUUAGGAGUUGCGGGGAAAAAGAAUAUGUAUAAGAGAAAUUAUUAAAAAAAUGGAGCAACUCAUCUUUAUGCUCCUUAUAUCUUUCAUUAGUCUUGUUUAGCUUAUAUAAUAAAAAUCAUUGUUGCUUAAACUGUUUUGUAUUUUUGUCUUAUAAAUUAAACUAUCUUUUUGAAAUUUC